GGAGUAUCCGGAUGUCUUGGAUUUUCUUUCCAUUCUGUUCUGUUCUGGUCUCCUGAUACUACCUCAUUACUAGAUGUAGGCAAUAGAUGUGACAUCUGAACUGAGCAGAAGAAAUAUUACAGGCACACUCUCAGGAGGCAGCAGAAAUGCCUCAGAGGCAGCCUCAGCCACCUAAUCAGACUUUAAUUUCAAUCACAAAUGACACAGAAUCCUCAAGCUCUGUCAUUUCUAACGACACCACAAAUAAAGGACAGACCGGAGACAACUCUCCAGGAAUAGAAGCAUUGUGUGUCAUCUAUAUCACUUAUGCUGUGAUCAUUUCAGUGGGCAUCCUUGGAAAUGCUAUCCUCAUCAAAGUCUUUUUCAAGACCAAGUCCAUGCAAACAGUUCCAAAUAUUUUCAUCACCAGCCUGGCUUUCGGAGAUCUUUUACUCCUGCUAACUUGUGUGCCAGUGGAUGCUACCCACUACAUUGCAGAGGGAUGGCUGUUCGGAAGAAUUGGGUGUAAGGUGCUCUCUUUCAUCCGGCUCACUUCUGUUGGUGUGUCGGUGUUCACGUUAACGAUUCUCAGCGCUGACAGAUAUAAGGCGGUUGUGAAGCCACUUGAGCGACAGCCCUCCAAUGCCAUCCUGAAAACGUGUGCCAAAGCUGGCUGCAUCUGGGUCGUGUCCAUGAUAUUUGCUCUCCCGGAGGCUAUCUUUUCAAAUGUGUAUACUUUACAAGAUCCCAACAAAAAUGUGACAUUCGAAUCAUGUACCUCUUAUCCUGUUUCUGAAAGACUCCUGCAAGAAAUACAUUCUCUGUUGUACUUCUUAGUGUUCUAUAUUAUUCCACUGUCUAUCAUCUCUGUCUAUUAUUCUCUGAUUGCUAGGACCCUUUACAAAAGCACCUUGAACAUCCCUACUGAGGAACAAAGGCAUGCCCGGAAGCAGAUAGAAUCCCGGAAGAGAAUUGCCAGAACGGUGUUGGUCCUGGUAGCUCUGUUUGCCCUCUGCUGGUUGCCGAAUCAUGUCCUGUAUCUCUACCACUCAUUCAGUUAUGAAAACUCGGCGGGCGUUCAUUUCAUUGUGACCCUUUGCGCUCGGAUUCUGGCCUUCAGCAAUUCUUGUGUUAACCCCUUUGCUCUCUACUGGCUGAGCAAAACCUUCCAGCAGCAUUUUAAAGCUCAGCUGUUCUGCUGCAGGGCUGAGGUACUUGAGCCUACUACUGCUGACACCCCUCUUAACAACCUGGCUGUGAUGGGAAGGGUCCCGGCCACCGGGAGCACACAGAUGUCAGAAAUUAGUUUGACCUUGUUCUCUGAGUGUGGUGUGAAGGAGGAAGACAGAGUCUAGAUUUUUCCAUUUAGAAUGGGGUUUUUCCUCCCAGUGGGUAUAUCCAACUUUAAAGUGUGCA